GAAAUAUCCAUGUGGCCACCCAAGGAGAUAGAUCUAAACCAGCUAUAUUUACAUUCCAUGAUGUCGGGUUGAACCAUAUCACUUGUUUCCAAGGUUUCUUCAGUUAUCCUGACAUGGUUCAAAUAAUGAAACAUUUCUGUGUGUAUCACCUUAAUGCCCCAGGCAUGGAGGACGGUGCCAUGAAUCUUAAACCAGAUUCUGAUGCACUUGGCAAUCCUGAGUCUUUAGGCAAGAGGUUUUUCUAUCCAUCGAUGGACGAGCUGGCUGAAGCUGUGCUCACAAUAGCUGACCACUUUGGAGUUAAGAGGUUUAUAGGGUUUGGUGUAGGAUCAGGUGCCAAUAUUCUCUCCAGGUUUGCUAUGAAGCAUCAAUCUCGUGUUGACUCUCUUGUCCUUGUAAAUGCCACAUCUACAAAACCUGGCUGGAUUGAAUGGGGAUAUCAAAAGAUGAACUCUUGGUACUUGUGGAGUGGACAGAUGACUAACUUUACAGAGGAAUACCUGCUCUGGCACUGGUUUGGAAAGAAAACAAGAUGGGAUAACCACGAUCUUGUCAUGGUCUACAAGGAUUAUAUAAAGUCAAUAAACCCACAGAAUCUCUCUCUGUUCAUUGAGUCCUAUCUGAAGAGAACAGAUCUUGACAUGAUUCGUGAGUUAGAUAUGAUGAAGAAAGGCACCGUGAGAACCAUCAAAUGCCGCUCCAUGAUGCUGGUAGGUGAUGACUCACCACAUAUAGAUGAUGUUGUUGACAUGAAUGGACGUAUGGACCCAGAACAGACAGAUUUCCUUAAGAUAAGUGACUGUGGUGGUAUGCCGUUAGAGGAGCAGCCAGGCAAAGUGAGCGAGGCUUUCAGACUAUUCCUUCAAGGAAUGGGCUACAUUUCAAGCCUGCCUCGCUUCCAACAAUGAGACCUUCACAGAGCAGCAGUAGAACCAGUACAACAUCCAGCACAAGUAUUCUCAGCCACUCAGAACUGACGUCACAACCUGUUUGCUGAUAACAACCAAUCAAAACGCUUGUGUCAUAACAACUUGGUUUUUGCUUAAGUCUUGGACAAUAAUGUUCUCAGCUAGUCAGGUCUACUGUCUAAAAUAAAGCAUAAGCAAAAUUAUAUAUAGCUUGUUGAAAGGAAGAAGAAAGUUUCAAAACGUUCUUUUCUUGGUGUUGUUACUGUUUUUAUUGUUAAUAUGUUUAUUACACUUUUAAGACAUAGUUUACAUUUAUAUUCAGAGAUCCGUCGUCAAGUGCAUGUUGUUUACACAUCAAACAUAUGUAUUGUUUUUCUCUGUGGACUUACACGCUAUAACAUAUGCUAUUAUACAUAAUUUGGUUUGGUCAAUCAACUGAAGAAAUACAGAGCAAAGAACUUUCACUGUGAAAUAUAGUCAAAACACCCAAUAACUUUUGAUUACUGAAUCAUAACAUUCAAUUAGUAUCAUGAAUGAAUUAUUAUAAUGAUGUGACCAUUUGCAUUUUGUAAUGAAUUUAUUAUGAAUGUUAUAUUACUUAAUAGAGGCUUAAAUUUGCAGGAAUUGAGGUAUGCAAAAUUUUUAAAUAAAAAGGAAAUAAACAGCUUUCGAAUUAGUGUAGGAAGCAUUUGAUGGGGCAUAAAUAUCAGUUUUAUUUGAAUCUCAAAUCUGUACAUUGUGUAAAUUUGUAGUUUUGAUUUACUAUAAUUAUACAGUUUUGUUUGUUUCUUUGUAUUAAAACUGAAAACUUAUUAUUGUUUUUGUGGAGAGACAAAAUGAAUUUUUAUAUACUGAUGUAAAAUAUAUAAGUUACUAGCUAGUUUCUUUAAGGUUUAUAAGACUUGCAUUAACUAGUAUUGCCUUACAUACCUCAUUUGUUACUGUAAACUUUGUUUUUUAUUACAUGACUUACCUUCUUUUAUUAUUCCCCUAUAAUUUGUAAACAGAUGCUAUUUUGUGUGGGUUUUUUUGUGUAGCAAUUUUGUACACAUUACCUGUACAUAUUAAGGUUCAUGAUUUAUUAUCAGAAUAAUAACGUUGUGUGUUUCUUUGUUUAAAGGGGAUGAGUUUCAAAUGACAUUAUGAUAUGGGUUCAUUAUAUAGAACUUAAUACUAAAAUGAAAAUCAAUUCAUUGCUACAACUCAUCUUGUGUGUUUCACCUACAAAGUGAUUUUUCUCUGGUCCAUUCUGCUUAAAUUUAUAUAUAGAUUUCUUAGACGAAUAAGGUAUUAAAGUCUUCAAAUCUCUAUUUUUUUAAGAAACAAGAAACACCAUAUGUAUAGAGAUAAGAAUUUGUAUAGAGAGUUAAAAUGUUAAGAAACAGUAAUGAAGGGCCAUAAGACCAUGUGUAAGCACUCCCAUUUGCAGUGUAUGAACCUUAAACUACAUAGAUAUUUGUCUUUUAGUUAUACAUAUUUAUAAUAUAAUAUGAAGUCAACUAUGCAUAGAAUACUGUUGUUUCUGCUUAUAACUGUGAUAGAACUGUUCUGAAUUUGUGCAGACAUCCAGUGUUGUGUAUCCUUAAUUGGCUAUAUUUGAGCCGCGUCAUGACAAAACCAACAUAAUGCGUUUGCCGCGCAGUCUGAUCAGGAUCCAUGCUGUUCGCUUACCAACUCUAUUACAAGUAGAGAAACUGAUAGCGAACAGCAUGGAUCCUGAUCAGACUGCGCGGAUGCGCAGGCUGGUCUGGAUCCAUGCUGGUCGCAAACCCAUUAUGAUGGUUUUGUCAUGACGCGACUCAUUUAGUAAUUAGAACAUCAAGGUUAUGUAAACCCUGCUGUCAUAGAUGUUUAUGUUUUGUUUUACUGUUACCCCUGGUUUGUAGAUUGUUUUAAUGUAAACCUUAUAACAGACAUGAAAUAAUUUGUCAAGUGUUCAUGUAAAUAGAAAUAAGAGCUUUUUUUUGCUUUUUUAUUUUAUGAUUUUUCAUCAGUGAAAAAUGUGGUAUGUUUUCUUUUUUUAAACCUGCAAUUUAUGCCAAAGUGUCAUUUUGUUGACACAAUUUAGUAAAUAUUUGUACAUUGAUAUAUUUUGUUUUAUAUAUAUCGCUCGGUUUGCCGUGUUUAACAUUCCUUAUUGUUUAUAUUUUGUCUAUAAUGUGUUUUAUCAGAAUAGUUAAUGAAAAGUUAUUAUUUUCAGUGUACGAAAAGUAUACAUUUGUGUAUAUGGGGGAUUUAAAAUAAAUGCUUAUCAAGCAAAAUGAUAUUAUCCCCACCCCCAAACAAAGGCCACUUUCACACUUUCCCCUUGGUGGCCUUGUUGACAAGUUUGACUGUAUAUAUGAAGAUAUCGAAAAAUGCUUGGUUUUAAAUUGUAUUGCAAUUAACUUGUGGGCAUUAUAUGUACAAAUGCAUAUUUGAAAUGCCCUGUACAUAACACAAAUGUUAAAAUAACACAAAAUUAAAUUAAUAUAUAUGUAGAUUGAGUAGGUGAUCUUAUAUCAAGUAAAUCUUUAAUAAAAUAUGAUAAAUGAAAAAUCAUGAAUAUAACUGUACCUUUAUUUACAGAUAUAAAAAUAUAUGAAAUUAACAGUUACGGAUAACAUUUAUGUAUUAAGUGUUUGUAAAGUUUAGUUUCUAGUCCUUACUUACAGCUGCAAAAAUGACAUUUGUAUUAUAAAUUUGUUUGUUAUUAUAAUUGUUUGUGUUAAAUGUAAGUUUGAAAUGACUUCAUGUUAAUGUAAAUACAUUUUUUAUGUGCAAUCAAAAGUAUGAAAAAAUGAAAUAAUACAAAUGUUUUUGGUUCCAUUAUUUUCCUCAGCUUAUCAGGAAUUAAAGUUACUGUUUAAUUUUUUGUGUGAUGAAAUUGUUUUACAUUUAUUUUUUGCUGCUCCUAUGUUUUCAUGGUAAUGUCACAAAGUUCUUAAUUUCCAUUUAACAUAUAUCAUUGCUUAAUCAUAUAUGUAUGAAAUAUGAACCCCUUGUUGUAAAAUUGUUGACACCGCUUCAUGCAAAGUAACAGUGACAGUUUGUUAAUAUACUACUCAAUUUCAUCCUUGAUUUAAGUUGUCAUUUACAGAAGAUUGGCAGUUUUCAAUAUUUACUACUAUAUCUACUCAGAAUGUUAAAUCAAUAAAACAUAACAUGUGAACAUGAAAUUUCAGGCAUGGAGUUCAUGUUCAAACUUUUUUUAAAUAAGGAAAUUAAAAGAAAUUUCUUGUAACUUGGUUUAUUUCAGAACUUCAGUAUACUUUUAAUCUGAAAUAUGACCUCGAGAAAUUUUAUAUUUUAAUGACAAGAUAUGUAUAACGGAGUAGUACUCGUUUGAAACUAGUGGUACUAGUAGGACAUAAAGAUGUACACUAAGGUUUUUUUAACAUUUUGAAUUAAUUAAAACCUAUGGUUUAAAGAGUUUAUAUUUCUUGUUAAAAUUAGAUGGGACCAAUAUAUUUUAAGCUAAAAAUUUUGAAAUGGUUUUCAGCCUGUUCAACUUUUAUUUGCGUCCGUAGCCAAGUGGUAAAGGUGUUCAGCUGCAAACCACUUUCUCGUCACCGUUGUGGGAUUCGAUUCCAGUCAGGGUCUUUGAGUUCUUUCUGGCGAGGAAGCUAUUCAGCUAGCUUACAAACUGUCAGUGGUUCCACUCAUCCACUCAGAGUCUGGCCCCUGUCUGAAAUAUUAACAAUUAUGAAAAAAAAAUGGUUUGUCUAAGUCUGGAUUAUGUGUGAAUUUAUUAUAAAUGGUUACAAUCUCCCUCCAGCUGACUUCGGUUAUAUUUUACAUUGUUCGAUGUUAUGCCAGUUGUCAGGUUAUGUUUUUUCUACUUAGUGUAAUUAGUUCACAGACAGAAAAUAAACAGGAUUUGAAAAGACUG